GUGAUUAUGGUGACGGGGGAUCAUCCCAUCACAGCCAAGGCCAUUGCCAAGGGUGUGGGCAUCAUCUCAGAAGGUAAUGAGACCGAAGAGGACAUUGCUGACCGGCUCAAGAUCCCUGUCGACCAGGUCAAUAGCAGGGAUGCCAAAGCCAUUGUGGUGCACGGCUCAAAACUAAAGGAUCUGAACUCAGAACAGCUUGACUAUAUCCUCCAAAACCACACGGAGAUUGUGUUUGCUCGGACCUCCCCGCAGCAGAAGCUCAUCAUUGUAGAGGGAUGUCAGAGGCUGGGAGCCAUCGUGGCGGUGACGGGCGACGGGGUGAACGACUCCCCGGCGCUGAAGAAGGCGGACAUCGGCAUCGCCAUGGGCAUCUCGGGCUCCGACGUCUCUAAGCAGGCAGCCGACAUGAUCCUGCUGGACGACAACUUCGCCUCCAUC